UCGAAACGUGGGCCUUUUUGGCCGAUGUCCACGCGCAGCCGCACAUCAUGGCGCGUGACGCACACCCGCACUCGCCGUCUCGUUUCCAACGAUGGCGGUACCCUACACACACCCCCGUCAAGAAGCUCUCCCUUGACUGUUGCUGUCCUCAUAAUUUGCCCCAUUUCUUUAAUCUGCCGGCAAGGCAAGGCGCCGAGAAACCCUAACCCCCAAUUCUCUUUCCUCGCCGCCACCAGUCCACCAUCCAAACCCCUCUCUCUCUCUCUCUCUCGCUCGGUUCAUCGCCAAAUCAAGUCGGACCAAAUUCGAAAUCAGUCGCCAAUUAGGGUCUCAUCAAUGGCGGAGGACAGGGGCGGUGACGACGUGAGAAGCGCGGCGAGCGAUUGCACGUCGGAGGACGAGGGGACGGAGGAUUACAGGAAGGGAGGGUACCACGCGGUGCGCGUUGGCGACGCCUUCAAGAAUGGAUGCUACGUGGUGCAGAGCAAGCUUGGGUGGGGACACUUCUCCACCGUGUGGCUCGCUUGGGACACUCAGAGAUCGCGUUAUGUAGCUUUAAAAGUCCAAAAGAGUGCUCAGCAUUACACAGAGGCUGCAAUGGAUGAGAUAAAGAUCCUCAGGCAGAUAGCCGAGGGAGAUCCCGAUGACAAAAAGUGUGUGGUGAAGCUUUUGGAUCACUUUAAGCACUCUGGGCCAAAUGGACAGCAUGUUUGUAUGGUUUUCGAGUACCUGGGGGAUAAUCUUUUGACCCUUAUCAAGUAUAGUGAUUACAGAGGGGUUCCUCUCCACGUGGUUAAAGAACUCUGUUUCCAUAUUUUAGUGGGUCUGGAUUAUUUACAUCGACAGCUUUCUGUUAUACACACCGAUCUGAAGCCGGAGAACAUCUUACUUUUGUCAAUGAUCGAUCCAUCUAAAGAUCCCACAAAAUCAGGUGCUCCACUUAUUCUCCCAACAAGCAAGGAUGAGGCAGCACAAGUGUCAUCUAUUUCCAAGGAGGCUAAGAACGCGAAUGGGAGUUUAACCAAGAACCAAAAGAAGAAGAGCCGAAGAAAGGCAAAGAAGGCAGCUCAAGGCUGUGCGUCAGAGGAAGUUUGUGAGGAGGGAGAUUCCAAAGCUUUUGAGCCAGCAAGUAGUAACAAUGAUGAAAAAGAAUCUGAAGAUUCUGUGGAUAGGCGAUCUCAUGAUUCUUUGAACAAGGAUGAUUCAGCUAAGAGUGAUGGAAAUAAGGAUACCUACAAAGGAAAUACACAUCGUAGAAGUCGGAGUCGAGCCACAAGGCAGAAGCUCCUGGCAGAAGUUGAUCUCAAAUGUAAAUUGGUUGAUUUUGGAAAUGCCUGUUGGACAUAUAAACAAUUUACAAAUGACAUUCAGACGAGACAGUACAGGUGUCCAGAGGUUAUCUUGGGUUGUAAAUAUUCAACUUCUGCGGAUUUAUGGUCCUUUGCUUGUAUUUGCUUUGAGUUGGCCACUGGUGACGUCCUCUUUGAUCCUCAUAGCGGCAAAAAUUUCGAGCGUGAUGAGGACCAUUUCGCACUCAUGAUGGAACUUCUUGGCGUGAUUCCCCGUAAGAUUGCAUUAGGUGGUCGAUACUCUCGUGAUUUCUUCAACAGAAACGGUGAGUUGAGACAUAUCCGCAGAUUACGUUUCUGGCCUCUUAACAAGGUUCUCCUAGAAAAGUACAAAUUCAGUGAGCAGGAUGCAAAUGACAUGGCUGACUUUCUUGUGCCCAUACUUGACUUCAUGCCUGAAAAGAGGCCUACAGCUGCCCGAUGCCUAGUUCAUAAAUGGAUUUCUGGGAGUCCUCGAGUUCUUCAGCCAUCCACAGCUGGUAACAAUGUCCCGUUUGCAGAACAAAAUGUCUCAGAUGAAAGGGAGCUGAAGGUUGAAAGGGAAGCAAUGGAGCAUGGCGUGGGGGAAAUUGAAGUUGAUGGAGCCCCCAAGCAACACGUGGAAACUCGAACUUCAUCCGUCGUGACCAAAUAGACAUGACUUGCUGUCUGUUUUGUCCCAUGUUCUAGUCUCUCUCGGCAUUCACACAAAUGGUCUGAACUCCUAGUGGAAAUUUUUGGGGGCUAUAUAGAUAUAGUAGCUGUCGCCCUUGCUUGAAGUUCUAUUGAAGUUGCAGAUGGUUAUUGUGAAAGAAAUUUUGGUGAAGUAAUGAGAAGUCGAUCACUGGCUUAUCUUCUUCUCCAGUCUUGGAUUGCUGAUGUCUGAUUGCUGGAUCACUCAACUUUAGCUUUCUCAUUUGGUCAUCAGACAAACUUAGCAUUCUUCAAGGAGGAUGAAUCAUUCUUUGCUGUGAGAUGGAAAAGAACUUGUUUUUGGGGGGUGGGGGGAGACAGUCUCCCAGAGUGCAUAUCCUUGUUUUCGUCGGCUUUCAUGCUUUGGAUUUGUGGACCAGUUACGCGAGCAUUUCGUUUCUGCCAUUGUUCUUCCUGUUAGUCCUGGGAGGAUUUUUAAGAGUGGCAUGAUUCUGAAUUGUAACGCUGGGUU